AUGAUUCUGAACAUUCUCCGCUUGUCGACGGACCAGCCGACGACCUCUUCGGCGGCGUCGGAAGUGCACGAUUUCCCAGUCGUUCAUUUUUCGCCACGUCGUCAUCAAAAGUUCCGGACGAUCAUCAGUGUCGGCGACGCGGAAGUGAUCAAAGACUCGGCGUGCACCGAGCAGGAGUUGCACGAUAUUAUCCACGCGCGCAAACCGUCGAGCAUUUCGUCGACCGACUCGGGAUAUCAUGGAUCCGCGUGUACGCGCAGUCGCGACGGCUCCUCGAUCAGCUCGACGAUCACGGUGGAUCGGAGCCGGCGCGGCGGAUCGACGACCUCUUCGGAGCACUCGGAGGACUCGGCCACGUCGGAAGGAAGCUUCGCGUCGAUCACGUCGACCGCGUCGCGCAUCCUCAGUCGCGCCGCCGAUUGUCUUGUGUUGAUGACACGGCGAAACGGAUGGAGUCAUGGUAAUUGGGCGAAAAAGAGUGACCGGAUAUAUCUGUUGUUGUUUUUGCAAAAUAUAUGUUCGACGAACCAUUUUUAAAAGCAAGUUUGCAGCUGGCUCGCCGGCCGACGAGAAAGGAUCGCUGGACGCGCAAUCGUGGACGACCGCCAUCCAAUCGGCACUGAUGCCCGUCACUCCGCAGAGCUCGGUGGCCGGCAAACGGGUCGACAAAUUGAAAGUGCCCACUGAAGGUAAACCGUCAUUUUUAGGCCAAAUUGUGAGAAAAUUGAGUGCUAUCGCCGCUUUUGGAAGAGGUUAAAGCGAAUUUUGAACAAAAUUUGAGGGCCCUCUUUUAAGACUACCUAAAUUUACCAGAAAACUAGAAAAAAUGUCUUCGGAACAUCGUAUUCGUCUAAUUUCUGUACCCGGAUCACUAAAAUGACAGUAAAAUGCGAUUUUAGUUUACGACUCUUUUCCUUUUUCGCUCAAACGAUUCUCAAAGUGAUCUUUUGUCGCGUGUCCGUUCGUGGUGUGACCGUCUGGCCAAUUUUACGGUCCGCCCGACCAUUUCCGCUACUAUCCGUCGGUCGGUCAUAAAAACAUUUUGGACCCAGAAGAAGACGACUUUUUUUUUCAUUUUUUCAACCGGUCCGAAGAUGGCAAUGUGAUUGACGAACGGAUAAUUUCGGACGAACUUGGGACCGAGUGUUGAUCGGCAAGAAACGUGCAAAGACGGAUCGGGCUAUUGUCGGUUUGCACUUACUUUUUGGCGAAAACAUGGCAUAUGUACGCCCUUUUUGGCCUCAUUGACAAGGAACUGGAUUAUUGUCGAAAAAAGUGUAGAAUAGUGAGAAGAGGAAGACAAAAGGGGCCUGGAAUUCCAGACAAGACACGUCAUAGUGAGAAAGUGGAUGAUUCUAGGCGAAAUUAUGAAUAUCAUUAUCGAAAAUUGCAGGAGAAACGGGUCACCUGGGCGCGAAGAUUCAGACGGAACAGGAAUUCUCGCAACUCUAUCAAAUAUUCGCCGAGGAGAUUCUUGGCUCGGGCCAAUUCGGCACCGUCUACGGCGGAAUUCGACGGCAGACGGGCCAACACGUGGCAGUCAAACUGAUUGAUAAGCUCAAAUUUCCGCCCAACAAGGAGGAUUUGCUCAGGACCGAAGUGCACAUUUUGGAGGUGAGCGGAAUUCGCGGAAAAAAAAUGAAUGGUGUUUUCAUGAACACUUUUUUUCUGAACACCCUUGGUUUUUCACUGUUUUUGACGUGUUCGCCAGUUCAAAAACCCCAAGCCAACUGUAAAUGUGCGUCAAGUAUGGUUUUGACACGGCCUUCGGGCAUGGAAACCCUAAUUUACGCAGUAUUACACGAAAAACGUCAAGCGGAUAAAUGUCAAGUGCGACUUUGUGCCGAGCAUCCUUUUGUGUGUGUGAAAUUGUAAACUUUUGCAGCAAGUGGAGCAUCCGGGCGUCGUGAAAUUCAUGCAAAUGCUCGAGACGACCGACCGCAUCUUCGUGGUGAUGGAAAAGUUGAAGGGCGACAUGCUCGAGAUGAUAUUGUCCAGCGAGAAGGGACGACUCUCCGAGCGCACCACCCAGUUCCUCGUUGCGCAGAUUCUCGAGGCGUUGAGGUAAAGAAAAUUUGCAAUUUUUAUGUUCAGGCCCGGGCGAACGAUUCUGCUUCCCGCUGUCUAUGUGAAAAUGAUUACAAAAAAUCUGGAGGCGAGAGAGAGAGGCGAUUAGUGGGCGAAAAAGCGAGACGCAGGCGCGAAAUCUCUUGCGUCUGCGUCUCAGCACUCUCACACGCUACUCGCCUUUCCCUCUCUCGCCAAUAGUCUUUUUUGCGUUUCAACCGCUACUGCGCCCAGGCCUAUUUUCUAAUAAAUUUGUGCAUUCUCAAUAAGAAUUGCGAGUUUGCUACCGAUUUGACCGGAAAUUUGAAUGCUUGCAGAUAUCUGCAUCACCUGAACAUUGUGCAUUGCGAUCUCAAACCGGAAAACAUUUUGCUCAAUUCCAACUCGGACUUUCCACAGGUACUGUUUUCCCUAUUUCGCCCCGCCGAAAUCCUGUCAUUUUCAGGUAAAAUUGUGCGAUUUCGGAUUCGCGCGAAUCAUUGGCGAGAAGAGUUUCCGACGAAGUGUCGUCGGAACGCCCGCCUAUUUGGCGCCCGAGGUACGCUCGAAAGUCGCUUUUUUAUCACCAUCUAAACAUAAUUUCUUUUGUCCAGGUGCUGCGCAACAAGGGCUUCAAUCGCUCGCUGGACAUGUGGAGCGUGGGCGUGAUCGUCUACGUGUCACUGUCGGGAACGUUUCCGUUCAACGAGGACGAGGACAUCAACGAUCAGAUACAGAACGCCGAGUUCAUGUAUCCGCCGACGCCGUGGAAAGAGAUCUCCGAGAAUGGUAAACGGUUUGAAGCUGAUAUUAUUGAAACGAGUUGUAUUGCAGCCAUCGAAUUCAUCAACGGACUGUUGCAAGUGAAGAUGAGCAAACGGUACACGGUCGCGAAGGCCGCCUCGCACAUUUGGAUGCAGGUUUGCACUGUUGAAAGUUUAUCGCCCUUGGAAAUUUAAUUGUUGCAGAAUUACACAAUUUGGUCGGACCUACGAGUGCUCGAAAAGUCGGUCGGGCAGAGGUUCGUGACGCACGAGUCGGACGACGUGAGAUGGCACGCGUAUGAGAAGGAGAACAAUGUGACGCCCGUCUACGUCUGA